CCAAGAUUACACUUGCGAUACUGAAAAUAUUAAUGCUUAUGAUGACAAAUAUGAUAACUCUUUUGCUGAAUCUACAAAAUAUACUCAAAAACUUCCACCUUCUAUUCAUAGACAAAAUACUACAAGAAUUCAUAAUAAGUGUAGAGCUUCCACUCAAUCUGUAGAGUUUACAAAUGCUGCAGUAACAAAAAGACUAUGUUUGGAUGAUAAUCUUGUUGAAAAUGGUAUGAAAUUAUAUCAGUAG